AUGGCCCGCAAGAAGGUGCCCCUCCGGUACAUUGGCAACUCAACACGCCGCCGUACUUAUGAGACGCGCCGCAACAACCUGAUGAAGAAGGCGGACGAGUUGGGCAUCUUGUGCAACACCAAGAUCUGCAUGCUAGUGUAUGAUGAGGGCACCGCGGCGCCGGACGUUUACCCAUCCCACAUGGAGGCGAUGGCUAUCCUGAAUAGGUACAAGAACAUGCCCGACAUGGCGCGGUUCAAGAAGGUGGUGACCCAGGAAGAGUUCCUCACCAAGCAAGUCGCCAAGCUCCAGCAUGAGGCUAACAAGCUCUGGCGCGAGCGUGAGGACCGUGAUACCAGGAUCCUUCUUCACAAGGCCAUGCUCAGUGCCAACCUGAAUGUUGAGGAGGUUGCCAGGGUUGGCUAUAAGUUGCAGGAGAUCCGCAAGAGCCUCGCCGACCGCAUCGCUAAUACCAGCGGGCAGCCGCCAUUCUUCCAGCCCCAAGCGCCAUACGUCACCGGUGGUGUCAACAUGGGUCCUCCAUCACUGGACCAGGUGCCGCCACAGCAAGAGGGCUGGCAGCCAGAGGUCUUCCAGGCCCAGGCACCACAGGUCACGAGCAACGCCGACAAGGGGUAUCUGCCGCCCCAGGCACCAUAUGUCACUGGCAACGUUGACAUGGGGCCUCUGCAAAUGUAUCAUGUGCCGCCACAGCAACACGAUUGGCAGCCACCAACAUUCCAGCCCCAAGCACCAUAUGUCCCUAGUAGCGUUGACAUGGGGCCUCCGCCGAUGUAUCAGGAGCCGCGGCAGCAGGAGGAGGGCUGGCAGACACCGGUCUUCCAUCCCCAGGUGCCAUACGUCAUUGGCAGCAUCAACAGAGGGCCUUCGUCGAUGUACUAG